AUGAUACAAUGCUCUAGAGGUGUUCGAGGAGACGCACUGCUGGUGCAAAUGAUCAAGCUUCAGCGCAUAACGAGCAGGGUCACUGAUGUUCGUAUACAACUAAGAGAUACCGACAGCGAACAAAGUACGCGUCUUAUCCAUCCAUACAUAUUUUCUCUCAACACUCAAUUAUCCGAGACGAGAAAGCAAUUACCCCCGCACUUGGCCACGAAUAAGAUACUGGAAGUGAUGUCCCUGCACGCAGGAAUCUGCAUCAAUGACCUUAUCUUUACGCGCCUUGGGCAUUGCCCUCUUCUAGAUGAUAUCAGCAGCAUGGAGGCCCUUCUUAAGUGCCUCAAUGCAGCGAAGCGCGCCGUGGACAUCAUGUUCAACUUCAAACCAACCGAAUAUACAUACUUCCCCUUUUUUCUGUGGAGGCAAUUCCGAACCGUAAUUUUGACCCUCAUUCGACUCGCAUCCUUCGAAGAUCCGGCGUGGGACGUGAACAUGGUUCGACGCACUGUAGACAUUACGUCUAUUCUUGACACGACUGCCGAGAACCUAAGCAAUGUACAAACCAACGUUGAUGAUGGCAUUACUGACCACGAAAACGUGGUUUCGAAAUCACUGGCCUGGGUGAAAAGAAUGAGGUCUUGCUUACUCGCAAUUUAUGGCCAGUCAACAGAUGCCCAGGCCCCAACCUCUAAUAUGCAGAGCUCAAUGGGCAUACCAGGUAUGGAAACGUUGCUACCCAGGCAGCCAUCCCAGGAAGAAGCUUCAACCAUAGACAUAUUCUCAUCACUCGAUAAUGAACUCUUUGGAGACGAUAUUUUGGAGUGGUGGCCACCCUUAUAUUCGGGGAAUGGGCUAUAA